GUUGCCUUCAGCGCUGGCGCACAGGCGCUGAACAGCUUUACCGUUGACUUCAGUUUCUCGGUAGCUGCCGUGCGCGAAGGUGAGCGUUUUUUCAAGCCGAAGAUUCUCAGCCUUUGCAACGGCAGAGGUGGAUUCCGAAUUCAACUGGAAGCGGCGAAAUUGUCACUGCUUCUCUUCUCGCCCACGCAGACUUUGGUUGGAGAGUUGGCUGCAGAUUUCGAUUGGAAGGAGAGGUCCGAUGUGUGGACCCGAGUCACCUGCACGUUGGAGUCCGA